AUGGACGCCGCCACCCAGUCCCCCAUCACCGUCAUCGUCAACAGCAUUCGCGGGCAGAACAUCGCCUUUGCGACGCAGAAGGAUGCGCCUCUUACCUCCAUCUACGAUACACUCUACGAGCGCGCACCAUGGAUCCAGAACUCAUCCUACAUCCUGACCACCAACUCGCGCCGCUCCGUACGUCAUGACGCUGCGCCCGUGUCGUCGCUCCUCUCUUCCCCUGCAGACACCUUUCUAUCCCUACGCCUGACCGUACCGCUAUGUGGUGGAAAGGGUGGUUUCGGAUCUAUCCUGCGCGCCCAGGGUGGUCGCAUGUCCUCGCGCAAGAAGAAGCAGGGCGACGUGAAUGGAUCAUCUCGAAAUCUGGACGGGCGACGCCUGCGCACAGUCACCGAAGCCAAGGUGCUUGCUGAGUACCUCGCGAUCAAGCCCGAGAUGGAGCAGCGCGAAAAGGAGGAGCGACAGAAGAAGUGGGAGGACAUCGUGGCCAGCACCGAGCGAAAGCAAGAAGAGCUACAAAACAGCAGAGGCACAGCACGUCUUGAUGGGAAAUGGGUUGAGGACAAAGAGGAAGCAGAGAACAAGACGAGAGAAGCUAUCGAGAAGAUGCUGAUGGCACAACGAGACAGCUCAGAGGAAGAAGAAGACGAGGCUCAACCGACCGCUUCUUCGUCAAAGCCUGUGCAACAACGGGCCAUGUUUGGCUGGGACGACGAAGAUGAUGAGUUCAUGAGCGAUAGCGAUGAAGAGGACGAGGUCUCCGAGGAGGACGUCAAGCCAGUGAUCGAAGGAAAGGGGAAGGGCAAGGCCGUCUGA